UGUAAGGCAGGCCAGGCAGCGGCCGCAGACCUGCAAGCUGCAGUCUUCCUCUCGGACUCGGCGUCCUCAACGACGCACGCGGCAGCGACGAGCAGCAGGGCACGCGCGACCGACGGCAUCGAUAGUUUGGGCGCCUUGUCUAGCACCGAUCGCCGGCGCGACCGCGGAGUGAGCCGCCAUGGAUUCGGCUCGGCCCAGCAGGAUGCCCAUCAAAUCCCACCGCCCCGACUGGAAAUCGGAGCUUAGGACAAAUUGCAUGCAAAGAGUUAAAAAGGACAGGAUCAACUUGCUCUGGAAGUUUAGGGCACAGGGGUGGUUGCCUGCCAAUGACAUGAGAAAGGUCGAAUCUGCAGUUAGGAACAUUAUCUCUGAUGAGAUAGACAAACUCAAACAGGCAAAUGAAGGACAAGAGGACCAAAAAAUGGAUGUGAUCUGGGAAUACCAAGGACCGCAGGCUGCUAAACCUGCUGACAUUGAAAGUGAAGACAUAUUGCUUGAAAUGGAACGACUUCUUUAUGAAGAUCUUAGAGAAGAAUUACUCAGAAAAGAACUAGAGGCACUUGAUGAGGAAGAUGCAUACUUAUCUCAAGCUGUUUUUGAUCAUAUGCAACUAAAUGACAGUGGGGGUGCCGAAAAUGCUAAGAUCUGGUGCCCAGUAUGCAAAAAAGGAGAGCUACGGGAUACACAUAACCUCAUAUACUGUACUCUUUGUGAUCUACGGCUUGACCUUGGAGAAGAUAAGAUAACGCUGGAGUUCUUACGAGAGCGAUUGGCUAAUGCACAUACAGAGCACUUUGACAGAGGAUGCAAAUCAGUGCCCAAGUUCUGUUUACAGACUAUGUUUGGCCUGACUGCACUCUACAUGCAGUGUGAAGAAUGCAGCACUUUCGAUAUUGUGGUAUAAGUGCUAGAAAGCUGACGUACAUCACAUAGGACGGGAAGGUUGAAAACAUUACCUGAAGUUAUUUGGUUGUUUCCUUUUAGAUUAUAUUAGCUGUUAACUUAUCCAAGAAGAUGGAUGUGCAUCCGAAAAGGUGGCACACCCUGGUUUUUCUUCUCAGCGCCAGAACGCAUCCAUCCAUGCCAGUUUCAACUUCCAAGUGAAAAAAAUUGAAGAGACAUAUGUGUAGUCUCAUGUAUGUCAAGCUUGUUUUAAUGUUGCCACUGGUCUACUUACUGUAAAUAUCCAGCUGACCGUGGUCAACAUUUAUUUGCUAGCUUACCUAGUUACUUGGAACCGUGGGUACUACAUUGAACCAGUACUAACGGAAAUGCACAUUUAUUUUAUUUGAGCUUUUGAUCUUCUUUUCACUUCAAAGCUCCAAAGAAGACAAUUUCAUUUGCAGUUUGUGCAAAUGCUUGCUAAUUGUCAGUUCACUAUACAUAUUGUUACUGACAGAAGCUCGGGAUGUUUUUCUUAUAUCCCCUGCUGUUUAUUGCUGAGUACCUUAAUCAA